CGCGCCGCUGCCCCCGGCCGCAGGCUCGGUCGAGGGCCGGAGCGGCGGAGCGGAGCCCAAGUUUGGCGGAGCGGCCAUGUGGCUGCUGUGGCUGCUGCUGGGCUCGGCGGAGAGCCAACUGUUGCCUGGGAAUAACUUCACAAACGAAUGCAACAUUCCUGGAAACUUCAUGUGCAGUAACGGGCGCUGUAUCCCAGGGGCCUGGCAGUGUGAUGGGCUGCCGGACUGCUUUGAUGACAGUGAUGAGAAGGAAUGCCCGAAAGCCAAAUCCAAAUGCGGUGCCACAUUCUUCCCCUGCGCUAGCGGCAUCCACUGCAUCAUCGGCCGCUUUCGGUGCAACGGCUUCGAGGACUGUCCUGACGGCAGCGAUGAGGAAAACUGCACAGCAAAUCCCUUGCUUUGCUCCACUGCCCGAUUCCACUGUAAAAAUGGUCUUUGCAUUGAUAAAAGCUUUGUGUGCGACAGUCAAAAUAACUGUCAAGACAACAGUGACGAAGAAAGCUGUGAAAGCCCUCAAGAGGCUGGCAGCGGCCAAGAUUACGUGACCUCAGAAAAUCAGCUGCUUUACUACCCUAGUAUUACCUAUGCUAUAAUUGGUAGCUCUGUCAUUUUUGUACUCGUGGUGGCCUUUCUUGCCUUAGUCCUGCAUCACCAACGGAAACGCAACAAUCUCAUGACCCUGCCAGUGCAUCGACUGCAGCACCCUGUCCUGCUGUCCCGGCUGGUGGUCCUCGAUCACCCGCACCACUGCAGCGUCACCUACAACGUCAACAAUGGGAUCCAGUACAUGUCCAACCAGGCCUACCAUAGGCCAGUGGACCUGGACUCUCCACCAUCCUAUUCAGAGGCUGUGCUCGACCAAAGCAGACCACCUUGGUUUGACCUUCCUCCACCACCUUAUUGUUCUGAAUCCCCUAAUCAGCCAGAUCUUCCUCCUUACCGAUCUCGGACGGGAAGCCUGGUGAGCACAGACACCCCGAUGGCAGGAAGCCCUCUGGGCACAGCCGGCAGUUGGACAAGAGACAUCCAUGACAGCAUGGAUGGCCACAGAACUCUUCUUGAGAGGACAGCAGAUCAAAGCGAUUCUCUGGUCAACCACAUUGCUGAAAGAGAAGUGUAACCGCUCCAGUAUAUGGGAUGGGCAGGAAGGCAUUUACUUUUUUGAGUCCGUGUGGGUUAAUCUGCUGUGGCUAAUAGUUUUCAGGGGGACAUGUGCCUGAAUGAUGACUUGAUUUGAAUCCACACUCAGUUAAUAUUUGAAUUCAGCAUUUUGGGCUCAUCAAAGACAGAGCUGUGAGUGCUAAACCUAGAGUCACAUCAACUUUCCACAGUAUUGCUGCGAGCAAGUUCCCGUUCAGACUAGUAAGAGCAACAUCAGUGCUGUGUCAGAGAACUGACGUGACGUAUUUCUUGGACUAUUUACUGUAUAUGAAUGUAUAUAUGUGCAUGUAUAAUAUAUACAGAUGUUGCACACAAAAACUGUGCCAGAAGGACUUUUGUUUUCAGAGUGCCUCCUGUCCUGUCGACGUGUGAGCUGUUUCUUCUUACUGCCUGGUGCCAGCUGGUGGUCACUGAAGCACACCAGAGGCAGUCUUUCUGCUUGGAGGUCCGGUGCCCAAUGCUAGCUCACUGGCAGUGCUCAAAUUGCAGAAAAUGUCCUACUUGACCCUUCUCCUCGUGGCCUGGAACAUUCUCACUGUGAAUGUAAUUUUUAAAGUUUAAGCUUGUGAGGAUGCAACAACUCUAACUGAGCAAAUGAGGGUUUUUUCCCAGAUGCUGAUCUCUAGGCCAAAUUUGCAUGGGUUUUCUCAGGAACACGACAAAGGUUGGCUUAUCCGUCAAACUUCAAGGCUGAGUAUAGAGGCACUGAAGCUUCUCAACAAACGAGCCUAAGACUUCUUUUCACGUGUGGCAAAACAACAUUACUCCAUGUGUUCCUUCUUAAAAAAAAGACACAACAAAACAAAAAACCCCCAACAAAAAAGAACCCAAACUGUUUCAGCUAAUCUUGAACACCAAAACCAGCCUGAGGCAAACACCGAUCACAGAAAGCUUUAGUGUGAAUGACUAGUUUUAUAACUGAAAGCAGGUCGUGUUAGUGAAAGGUGUUGGGCUUCUUGGCCCUGUCUACAGCAUGUAUACAUACAUGCGUGGAUACACGUGUUUAAUACUGUGUGUAUGUAUGCAAGUAGUGUAUUGCAUAGGUUUAGUUCUACUGCACCAGGAGAACUCUAAAAUAUCAGUUUCACUUACAAUACUCUCACUGGUUUUUAUGGAGUUUGCCAUUAUUUGUGUUCAUUUGGUUGAAAUCUCAGCUUCUGCAGAAAACCAGAAUUAUUUCUGUCUGGUUUGUCCUAACUCUUGGAAUGGUCUCCUGUGAAGUGUGUUUCAGUGCACAGCGUUAAAUCACCUGUGUGAAAGCAUCUCAGAGGUAAAGGUAUUCAGAGUGGCAAGAGGGAAGGUAAGCUGUGAAUUUAAAUGCCACUGCAGUGCUGUGCUUGUGCUCAGUAUACAGAAAGCAAUGCAGUGUCUUCCUCUUGUCCAGAGGGAAAUUGGCCUUGAAAAAUUAUUUAUAUUUGUCUAUCAGACACAUUUUCCACUCCUCCUUCUACAUAAUGAACAGUGUCCUUAAACAGACUUUUUUGUUUAAUGGAAAUGAAGGAAGCUGACUGCCCACACCUGCUUUCUUCCCCAUCUUUCUAAGGUAACUUCUUUUGCCCAAAGGUUAUAUGCUCAGAACCCAAGAAUUUUUGAGCUUGAUUGUAGGUAGGGGAAUGACUCAAGUUCAGUCUCAGUUCCCACACAUACAUCUGAAUUUUUUUUGUGGUCUUUUUUUUUUUUCAUUUCCAGCUCUGGAGUCUACUGCCGUGGUAUGUGAGAGGCAGGGGCCAGAUGAAUUUACAAGCACAGGUCAUUCCAGGACUGAGAUGAUGCAGUGGGGAGCACUGGAGAAUUCUAAUGCUGUUGGGCUUGGCUGACUCUGGAAGCAGAUUAAUGGCAGCCUUUCAUUACAGGCUUAGGCAGCCUGUCUUAAAGUGCAUUGGUGAAGAUGCUCCUAGGUCCUUGUAAAGCAGCGUAAAAGAUUGGGUCAGAUCUCAUCCUUGCUGGGAGCUCAAGCACUGUAAUUAUGCUGUCCUUCACAAAGCAGGACUUGACUAAUUAAUGACUCCGUCCGACUUGAUAGGUAGACUGUUGUCAUUGUCACAUAGCAGACAGUUAUUCUUUAUUUUACAGGUAGGUUAAACUCAGGUACAUAGCCAAGUUAAUAGUAAAGGUGGGUGCAGGAGUGUCUCCUGUGAGCACUGGGCCCUGCUGUCCCUCUUGCCUUUUGUUAAGGUUCUGCUCGGCCGCUGUAAGAGAGCUAUGUAAUGCUGUAUCAGAAUUAGCCAUAAUGUUUUUCUGUUGCAGUUUUUAAAACAUUGUAUUGGACUAUAAAACAUACUGUUGAGGAGUUUGCAGUAGUUUCAUUAGAAUUAGACAUCUUUUUAAUUUUAAGUUUGCCUAAGGCUGUAUUAGUGAAACUAAAUCAUUGUGUCCAGUGUAACUUACAUGGCAUGUAUCCCUCACACAAGCCUCCACGGGGGACUGCGUUUCACCACGUGUAUUCUAAGACACCAGGGUGCAGGCAAACCAAAUAUUGUUUGCCUAUGGCAUCUGAAAAACAUUGCCUUGCAUUGCUAAGAAGAAAGAAAAGAGUGGACACAGCCUGCUUCUUCUGCCUUCUCUGUCAGUCACUGUCAUAUAUGUACAUAUAUAUAUAUAUUAAAAAAAGAUACUCUUUCAGGUUGUAUAUAUUCAUGUAACUUUUGCAUUAAGAUAAUCCAUUUGGACUUUACAAAAAAAAAGAAGGAAAAAACAUGCUAAAUGGUGUGACAUUUUCCCUUCCAGCUAAGGGUGUAUUUAUCUUUGUAUAGGAAUCUUUUAGUUUUUGGGAACAGGAGUUACAAAAGGAGAUUGUGCCUUUCUGAUUUAAUGUUGGUUUGGGAGGCUGUUAACUACAUUUCUGGGUGUUGUUACAUAUCAUUGUCUAGAGAUCCAAAAAGAGAAACAAGUCUUGUCUUCCUCUUUGUUGUUACUUAUGGGGACCACUGAACUCUGAGGAGUGCAGGAGGUCAGUAUCUUGUUCCAAAAAGGCAUGCAGAAACUUUUAAGGGGGCAGGUUCAUCUUACUCCAGUUUUCUGGUUUGUAGAACAGAUUUGCUGGCUGGUUUCUUUGGAAAUUGCUGUUAGCAUCACACAGAAAUUGUUUAUAACGUGUCACUUCUAGUAGUGUUAAUACAGCGUUAUACUGCAUUAUUCAGUGGAAUCUUUGGGAAAGCACGGUAGCAACAACCGUGCUGAUGAAAUUAAAUAUUUCAUUGAAAAUCCUGCAGCUUCUAAGACUGAAGUUAAACGUUCAUGAAAUACCAUGUGGUGGGACUUCUUUUCAGUGCCAGUAAAAUUGGAAUUGAUCAUUUUAUUGUUUGCAAUUGCUCUUAACCUUUUAGUUUGGGGUCAGUCUUCCUGGAGCUUUGCUUUAUACUUAAUAUUUAAACAAAUGGAUGUUAUUUCAAAGACCUAUUCUUACAAAAGUAAAACCAAUUAAAGUUUUCUUCCAGAGCCAAAAUCUGAUUCCACAUCUGUAUUGAAUGGUGACCACUGUAAUGAGUAGUUCUCCUCAGUGCAGGUAUUAAUGUUUUUGAUUCCAACAAAACAAUUUGAAGAAAUGACUACUUGAGGUAAAUGAAGGAAUGUGGAUUAGCCUGUUGGCAGUAAGAUUUGGGUUAUUUAAAAAUAAACAAAUAAAUUUCAGGAGUUUUGAGUGUCUGUAACCUCUGCUGAAGUCAGAGUGCUGUGUAUUUAAAAUUAGGCCAGUAGUGAAUCCGCUUGAUAAUAAUCUGAAGUUCCUUGUAAGGCAAAUUACAGUUUACCUCUCUGGUAUUGUGUGAAUGGAAAACUGGCAGUAAUGCUUUUAAAAGAGAGCCUGUGAAUAAUUUUCUUGGCUCUUGUCUACAGCGACAUACAUGACAACACUGACUGCAUUGCGAUUUUUAAAUAACUCUGCAUUCAUUCUUCCUCUCCUUUUAAGUCAAAUCAGUUUUAUUUACACCACUUCACUUUGAUACAGCUAAUAGGGCCCUUGUGAUAGAUUUAGAAGCUGGGUGGAGGAAAGAGAUGAUGACUCUCAUUUUAAUUAAUGCUGCAGCUUGUUAAUCUUGUGCGCUUUACUUUUUAAACAUCUUAGGAAAGACAAAUGGUUUUAGUAGAUAAGAAAAACUAUUAAUGAUGAAAAGGAUAGAGGGACACUGAUUCUGAAUUUAAUUUUUAAUGAAUAUUUAAAAUUGUAUAAAUGAAGGAAGAAUUUAAUGCUGUGUUUUUAACAUGGUGAUCAGAUGGCAAGUACUGUUUUUAACUGUUGCUCAUCAGAAGCUACUUUGCAUAUAAUGUCUGGAACUAAAAUGGUAAGACAAGUGCCCUUCUUGCAGUUCAUACUAGAUCUGAAAUAUUUUUUAUUAACACAAGGCUAUAUUGCACCGUGGACUAAAAUAUGGACUGCAGAAAGAAUUUCAAUACCGUGCUGGGUUCUGCCUGAGUGUAUCCUAGUACAGGACUGUGGCCUUCAUUUGUCCUUUUUUUUUUUUUUUUUUAUGAUUUGAGGGGUUUUGUCAACUUGAAAUGGAGGUGUUACAUAAAAGCUUUAAAGGAGGUUGUAUUUUGAAACCCAACCUUGUCUUAAACUUUUGUAAACUGGAAAUCUUCAAAAAAUGUAUUCUGUAUUCCUGAAUAAAGUUGGUGUUUUAAUACUGUUCACAA